CAAAUCUGUCAAACCAAUAUUGAGAGUAAGAUAAAAACAUAUAGGAAAUAAGUUUACCAUUAGCAAUAAAAGUACAGCGUCAAGAAAAUGUCAUUUGAAGGUCGAGUUAUGAUUGCUGCAAUCGACUUUGGCACGACGUAUUCUGGAUACGCCUUCACUAUCAUUGAUUCGUCUCAAAAAGGACCGCUAACUAUAAAUUUGAAUCAAGCUUGGAACGCAGGAGGACACAAUCUGCUUUCCAUUAAAACACCAACGACUCUUUUACUUGACUCAAACAAACAGCUUGUGGCUUUUGGGUAUCAGGCUGAAAAUAGAUAUACAGAAUUAGAAAUGGAUGGUAAAUUUGACGGCUAUUAUUACUUUCACAGAUUCAAAUUGAAAUUGUUUGAAAAAGAGAGUUUAUCAACUGAUUCUGAACUAUCAGAUAUUAGAGGAAAAUCAGUUCCAGCAAAAGACGUAUUCGCUUCUUCUAUACGAUUUUUAAAACAGCAUUUGAUCAGCAGUUUAUCUAGACAAGGUGUUGAUGUGGCUGACUUUGGAAUUAUGGGUACUAACCGUGCCCUCUAUUUGGUCAGACAGUGCAAAGCAAUUCAUACGGCAAUGUGCAGUAAAGGCAGGUAUACAAAAUGACAGUCUGGUGGUUUCCCUAGAAUCAGAAGCAGCUUCAAUAUUCUGCCAUCACAUUUCAUCAAACCUGUCGAUCGGUACAAAUACAGGUGUUUUGUCCUCGAAGAAGGGAACACAAUAUAUGGUAGUCGACAUGGGAGGUGGAACCAGUGAUAUAACAGCUUUAGAAAACAUCGGCAACAACAAAUUGAAAGAAAUUUGCAGAGCAUGUGGUGCUGAUUGUGGUGGCAUUGCCGUUGACAAUGCAUUCUAUACAAUGUUUAUGCACAUCGUUGGACAAGCUGUUAUUGAUGAUUUGGUUAAUUUGAGUCCUACAGCUCACUUGGAUUUGUUCAGAGAAUUUGAAUGCGUCAAGCGAUCUUUAACUCCUGAACAAACUGGAAAAGUAACCAUGUCGAUACCUUUCCUGACUUUGACUCAAAUAUGUGAAAAACAUCACCGUAAAGAUUUUGUUAGCUUGUUAAAAGAAUCUAAAUAUAAACAAGAAAUGACGAUUGUCAACGACAAAUUGCGAAUUGAAAUUGAUUUACUCAAACUAUUGUUCAAGCCAACUACAGACAAAAUUGUUAAUCUGAUAAAAGAUAAGUUACACGAGAUUCAAAAUAAAAAAGCUAUCACUAUCAUCUUAGUCGGAGGGUUCUCCGAAAGUCUCAUUGUGCAACAUGCAAUAAAGACUUCUAUUCCUUCACAUAAUAUAAUAGUUCCAAACGAAGCUACUCUCGCUGUUCUGAAAGGAGCAGUCAUUUUCGGAACUGAUCCAAAUGUAAUUGUAUCUCGUGUUGUACGUCAUACAUAUGGGUUUCAAGUUUCGAACGAUUUUGAUCCGAAAUUACACGAAUUCCAUCGACAAGUUGAAGUCGAUGGUUUGGAACUUUGCGAGAAAGUAUUUGAAAAAUUUAUGGGGAUCAAUUCAACUGUAAGUCUAGGACAGACACUGAAAGAAACUUUUACGACCACUAAAAAGUUUCAAGAGAUUCACUAUCUACCUCUCUUCACAUCAACGAAGAAAGAACCAGGUUAUACUGAUGACAAAACAUGUAAACAUGCUGGAAAUGUAGUUGUUAGAAUACCGAACCCCACUGAACAAUAUCGUGAUAUAGAUGUCACCAUUAGUUUCGGACAUACUGAACUUCAAAUCGAGGCUGUUGACGUUGAAUCGGGUAAUAUGUAUCAAACGACGUUUGAAUAUGUAUGAAUUCAAAGUGCGAAUUAUUUUACAUUGUUCUAGGUAACUGAUACUAAAACCUCCGCUCCAAAGGAAUGGAUACACUGUUAACGUCCGUGUUUCCGUCUGUCCUUCCCAAC